AUGAUGCGCUAUGUAAUCUUUCUGUUGGAACACGGCUCUAUCAUCUUAUCUAAGAAUAAGUUGGGCUGGAAGCAGCUGAGUGAAUCGUCCGCAUUACUAUUUCCGCUGCUUCUUCGAGCAUCAUGCGCUCUAAAAGGAGUUGUCGUUCUUCGCACUUUUCAUGUGGACGUAUCGGCAAAAGAACUAAACGUAUUAAUCAUGCGAAUUGCAAUGAAACAACCAGUAUUGGCACUCAGAGAGGCAACUCGAUGCAUUAAAGCUUAUGCAGCAGUACCACGCGUACAAGCGCAUCUUUUAUCAAUUAUUAGCGACAUAGUCUGCCCAAUAAUUAAGAAGGAAGAAGAUUUUUUGAUAAAAAUCGAAAAGGACCCGCUACAAGAAGAUUAUUUGCAAGGACGAAUGUUGGGCAAUCCGUACAAGAGUAGCGAUCCCGGCAUGGGCCCAUUGAUGAGGGAUAUUAAAAAUAAAAUUUGCCGUGAUUGUGAACUGAUCGCAUUGCUCGAUGAUGAUACAGGAAUGGAAGCGAGCGAGCAUGAUCUAACAUGGCUUUGCAAAUUUCAGCUUCUCGUUAAUCAGCAAAUUAUUGCACUGGAUCUACCAGUGAGCGGUGUAUAUGAAAAUUUAUGGCGUCCGAAUCAUCCUGACCAGCCGAUGACCAUCAUCUAUCGUAUGCGUGGUCUUCUCGGUGAUGCAACGGAAUCGUUCGUGAAAACAUUAGCGGACAGCAACAGCAAGGAGAAAAUCGACGACAAGCAGCUUCGUUUGGCAGCUGCUCUCGGCGCACCCGUCGGUGCUUUUCCGGCUAUACUAUCAGCUCUGGAUGAAAUUGGUUUAACAGGUGGAAGUGUUGUUUUGUUGAAGGAGUUACACCGGUUACUCAUCUGUUGCGUUAAGGUUGAGAGCAACCGCCGGCAGUUAAACGAAUGUGGUGGCAUUCGAAAGUUUCUGCAUGUCGUUGAAGUGAUAUAUAAAAGUGGCGUCAAGGAUGACAUAUCGGAAUCCAUUACACUGCUUUACCUUGAUCUAACGAAGAAAUUGUUGGCUGAUGUUCUCGCUACUGAUGAGAUAGAAAAGCACGUGUCUGCGACAUUUUCACCAUCUAAACUACUCGGCAUCCUGCCGAGGGAUUGGCUUUCAGUUUUAUCGGAAUCGAGCCUUUUUCCUGUGGCAUGCAAGGAAAAAAUCGACGACAAGCAGCUUCGUUUGGCAGCUGCUCUCGGCGCACCCGUCGGUGCUUUUCCGGCUAUACUAUCAGCUUUGGAUGAAAUUGGUUUAACAGGUGGAAGUGUUGUUUUGUUGAAGGAGUUACACCGGCUACUCAUCUGUUGCGUUAAGGUUGAGAGCAACCGCCGGCAGUUAAACGAAUGUGGUGGCAUUCGAAAGUUUCUGCAUGUCGUUGAAGUGAUAUAUAAAAGUGGCGUCAAGGACGACAUAGCUGAAUCUAUUACACUGCUUUACCUUGAUCUAACGAAGAAAUUGUUGGCUGAUGUCCUCGCUACUGAUGAGAUAGAAAAGUCAAUUGGCGGUGCGACUUUCGAGCAGAUGCAGUGGUUGCUUGAACUUUCAAUGGGAAAAGAUGAGGGACUUCCGACACCGAUCCUUGAAGCGAUCACUUCCAUCGCACCCAAUCUUUGCCUUGGCAAUAUGGAAAGCAUGGAUGCUCUAGUUGAAACAUUCACUCCAUGUUGCCAGUGGAAUCAAAUUGAUAGCGACCAAGAAUUUUGCGAACGGGUGGCGAAAAAGGUUGAGACGCUGUGCAAAAUAACAGCUGCAAUCCACAAUUCUGCUUCCGGUAGACUGCUGAAAAUGAAAAUGAUGAAUGCUGGGCUGAUCUCGGGGGCAUGCCAGUAUUUAGCGGUAAAUCAUCCGCCUCUGUUCCAAGUGUCUGUGACGGGCCCAGAAUGGAAGCAUUUUUUGACGAAACCUUCGCUGAAAUAUGUUUUACGACUAAUGGCAGGCAUGGCGCGGGAUCAUCAGCCGUCGCAGCAAGCAAUAGCCGAGAAUUCACUGCCGAUUCUGCACCGCUUGGAACAGAUCUCAACAUUUGCAUUUAAACAGAUUGAGAAGGUGCGCCAAGAAACGAAAGCCAAGAAACGACAAUUGGCAAUGGCUAUGCGUCAAAAACAGCUUUCUGAAAUGGGCAUGGAGAUUGGUAAAAAAGGACAGGUUAAAGUGUCAUCAAGAAGAAUAGUGAACGAGCCGCAUACCGUCCAGAGCACUUCGGAGGUCGGUGCAUGUUGCAUAUGCCGUGAAGAAGUUGAUGCAGGCGAGAAAAUAAUGAUGUGA